AUGGGUAUAAUUCGGCGACACAACACGAUGGAUGUAAGUUACCGUGAUUAUAUGAGAUGUGCGACGUCGGACACGAUUGCUAAAGAAAUCUCAAGCUUGAAAAGCGAGUAUAACAGUAUUACCAAUCAUCGACGGCAUCAUUCCGAGCCUAUUUAUUGCUCCGGUGCUCUUUCACAAAAUUUUCCGGAUAAUGCAAUGGAUGAUAGUCGAAUCGGUGGAAGUUGGGAUAAUGCAAAACGUUUCCUCAUUGAAUCACGAAAGCAAGAUCUAGAGAUUUCGAGGGAUAUGGAACGCGAAAACAUGCACUUAUAUCUUAGUGAGAUGCUUAUUGCUGCCAUGGAACAGCUGCAGUGGCGUGCAAUAGUUGAAACCCACCAGAAUUCCAUUGCGGAAGCCAAAAAUACAAAUUCCUGUCCAACAUUGGCAAUGUCUUCUUCAGAGUCGGUUUGUGGCGAUUCUUCUGCUGAACAAAACGAAGAUAAAAAUACUUCUGGUCCAUCCAUGUUUUGUGCUUCUGCUGAAGAUUUACAUUUUAGCGAGGAUAAAGAAAUAAUGUCUUGUAAUACGUCCAAUAGAAAUAGUGAAUCUGACGAUGAUAGCAUUCGUGAAAAUUCGGCCGAAGCAGUUGCAUCCUCACUAUUCAAGCAAUUUUCAACGGCUUACAAACCACGCUCAGCUGCCGAUAUACAGUGGCUUGUUUCUUAUGCACAAGCCCCUCAGAAGCUUCUUCCGAUGCCAAAUGAUAUAGCGGUGUUUUUUGAUGAAGUAGGUAACGAUGGUCGGCCAAUUUUCUUUCGUGGUUCAGAGAAUUGGGCACCCCCGAGGAAGCAGUGGAUUUUUCGGCUGCAUCCAGAGCUUCAAAGUGUGCGAAAACUUCUUGAACAACAACAGUAUCGCUGUGGUGGAUGUGGUAUUAAAGUUGCUAAAGUAUACUGUCGCCGAAUGCGUUAUUGCGAUUAUUAUGGCAGAGUAUUUUGUCAGCGAUGUCAUCAAGGCGCAAAAAGUCGUAUCCCAGCACGCAUUGUAUAUCAAUGGAAUUUUAAAGAAUAUCCUGUAUCCGAUAUAGCUUAUCGAUUCUUAUUAGAUAAUCAUCGACAACCGGUGAUCAACGCAUCAGCGAUUGAUUCUCGUUUCUAUAACAGAAUCCGUCGGUUGAAAAAAAUUAAGGAAUUACGAAUAAAGCUUGUACACAUUUGGUCUUAUAUACGACUUUGUAGUACUGCUAAAGAAACAAUUACAAAAUAUGGAAAUUUAUAUGCUACAUUUUCGACAGUACCAAAAUAUAUGUUAUCAGAUGCGGAUGUCUACUCGGUAGAAGAUUUAGAAAACGUACGAAAAGGAGAACUUUUUCGAAUCAUUGCUCCUCUCGUACAAUAUGGCCAGUAUCACGUUGAAGGAUGCGAGCAUUGCCGCGCUCAAGCAUUCGUAUGUGAACUUUGUGACGAAAAGGAUGAUUUGCUAUUUCCAUUUCAAGUUGAAUGUGUUAAUCGAUGUGAAGAAUGCGGUUCAUUAAGUCAUAAGAAAUGUGCUAUCAAACGACGAAAAGACGGAAAACCAUGUCCUAAAUGUUUGCGAAUUCAGCAAAAUCUUGAAAGGCAUCAGUGUUAUUUGGAAUGGUCUUUGACAACAACUGAACAGCAAGGCUCAACGACGCCAUCGUUAGAUGAUUAA